AUGGCAAGUGUUACUUCACUUAAAGGAGUUAGAACAAGAUAUCGAAACACUUUGGGAAAGGAAUUACAGAAAGCAAAUGAGCUUCUAAAUGAAGAAGUAAGUGAAAUUGAUCCUUAUAUUUGUGUCAAAGAAAUACAUAAAUCAAAAUGCCUUUUGAAAACAUAUUCAGAAAAACUGACGGUGCAAAUGGAAAAGCUAAUUAAUGCAAUAGGCGACAAUGAUAAGGAGUUUGUGCAAAGUGUUUUAGAUGAAGACUGUGAUCUGAAUUAUGAAGCUGAGAAUUGUUUGGUAGAGCUUGAGCAGUUGAAAGAAAAAAUUGAAUCAUCCAUGUUAAAAGGUGAAGAAACAGAAGUUAGUUCUGUUACGGAUACUGAUAGGUUGGUAAAUGUUCAGGAAAAGAUGCAAAGGAUGUUACAGUCACAGAUGGAAACACAACAUGAAUUCUUUACAUAUAUUGACAAAAAGGAAAACUUUAAUUAUCUUCAAAGUAAACUUGGCGCAGAAGCAAAGCGUGCCGUUGCUGGUCUAGCUUGUACAAAUGAUAAUUAUGCGGUUGCCGUUAAAAUUCUUCGAGAAAGAUUUGGGAAUAAACAGGAAAUCGUGGAUUUGCACUACAAUGAGAUAUUGAAUCUACGACCACCCACAACGAGAAUUACUAGCUUAAGAAUGUUCUUGGACUCAAUAGAAAGACACCUUCGUGCUUUAGAAGUGUUAGGUGAGAAUAUUGAUCAGCACAUUUUUGUGUCAAUGAUAAGUGGUAAAUUAUCAGAAGAUAUCUUACGACAGUUAGAAUUCAACAAAGGUGCAAAAAAUGAAUGGACUGUUAAUUUACUCCGGUGUCACUUGAGAGAUUAUAUAUUUGCGUGUGAAAAGGCUGAACGAAGAAAACAUGUUUAUUCAGAGCCUAAAGUUAAUCAACCAUUCUCUCUAAAUAAAGGGAUUACAGGGGAAAUAUAUAACAUUGGAGUAACAAGAAAUAGUGAUAACCUUCCAAAGGCAACGAGGGGAUAUGAACGUCCUACCGGAGCACCUUUCAAGUCACGAAGUUCAGCAGAAUCAUUACUAAUGAAUGAAAAACAAGAUAAGAACAAUCAACUAAACAAACCUAGUAUACCCAUAUGUCACUUUUGUAAAAAGAAACAUUGGAGUGACGAAUGUACAAUCUAUAAAACUGUAGAUGAAAGAAAACAAAGACUUAAAGGGUGUUGCUAUCGUUGCCUCAAAGAGGGUCAUUAUGUAAAUGAGUGUGUAUCAAAUCGUGCCUGUGUAUACUGCAAAGAGUUUAACAAACACCAUAGAAGUUUAUGUCCAAAACGAUUUACAAAGAAUCUUACAAAGAAUGAAACACAGGUUCAUUUUACAAAAGAGCAGGAAGAUGACGCCUUCCAGAAAGAAAUAAUUGAAGAGAAUGUUAUGGUAUCCCAUGGAGAAACAGUGUUCAUGCAAACAGCUAGUUCGACUGUUAAAAAUCCAGAUACGUCAUCAACAGCUAAUACAAGAAUCCUGCUUGAUUGUGGUUCUCAGCGUACUUACAUUACUCAGAGACUUGUAAACAAAUUAGGACUAAAACAAGAGGGUGUAGAAGAGCUUAAAGUGUUAACAUUUGGAAGUACACACGCAAGGGUGAUAAAAACGCCAGUGACGAAACUGGACCUAAAACUAAACAGUGGAAAAUCUCUACAGAUUAGCGCAAAUAUCGUGCCCGUUAUAAGUGGAAAUGUUCAACGCAAAAAUAUUGAUGUGUCAACAAUGGAACAAAUCGGAGAUUUAAUAACAAGUUUGGAUUUAGCAGAUAGUCUACCACUUGAAAAGGAGUCAACGACCAUAGAACUAUUAAUUGGAAAUGAUUAUUAUCUUGACUUAUUGUUGCCACAGAAAAUUGAACUUUUACCGGGGUUGUACCUCUUAGGAUCCAAACUUGGUUGGAUUCUGACCGGAAGAACAAAUAGUGAUGAUAAACAUGAUACUGUUCCGAACUUUCUGGUUCAAACAUAUGGUAGCAACACUACAAAAACUAGUGUAUUCCAAAGUGUUGACACACUUAAAGAGCCCCGACAUAACCUGGAAGAUUUCUGGAAAAUUGAAUCCAUAGGUGUAAAUAAUAAAGAUAUUGCAAUUGAUGACAAAUAUGCUAUGGAAAAAUUCAAAAGCACUGUGAGAUUUGAAAACGGGAGAUAUCAGGUAACUUGGCCCUGGAAAGAACUUUCUCCUAACCUACCUGCUAACAGAGAACUAGCAUAUGGGAGAUUGAAAUCGUGUCUUAAGAAGAUGAGAAAUAAACCUGAAAUUUUAGAAAAAUACGAUUCCAUUAUUCAGGAUCAGCUCAAAAAGGGUGUUAUUGAGAAAGUCAACGAUUCACUGUCAGACGGAUUAGUCCACUAUAUUCCACACCAUGCAGUUAUAACGCCUCAAAAAAAUACUACAAAAAUCAGAGUCGUUUACGAUGCUUCUGCUAAAACUUCAAAUGAAAACAAAAGUUUAAACGAAUGCUUAUUCAGAGGACCAGUCCUACUUCAUGACCUUUGUGGACUUUUGAUGAGAUUCCGUCUUCAUCCAGUUGCAAUAGUGUCUGAUAUUGAGAAAGCAUUUCUACAGAUCGGCUUACAACAAUGUGAAAGAGAUGUCACAAGGUUUUUGUGGGUGAAAGAUACAAAGUGUUCAACUUUGAAUCCUGAGAAUCUUCAAGUGUACCGUUUUUGUCGUGUUCCCUUCGGGAUCAUAUCAAGCCCGUUUUUAUUGAGCGCAACAAUAGAAACACAUCUUGAUUGUUACGGUACAAAUGUAGCUGAAAUGUUAAAGAAAGAUAUAUACGUAGAUAAUAUUAUCACCGGAGUAAAUAGUGACGAAGAAGCAAUUAUGCUAUAUCAGACGUCAAAGAAGAUGUUUUCUGAUGCAGCUAUGAAUUUACGAGAGUGGCUAACUAAUAGUGAAAACGUCAACAAUGUUAUUCCGAUAACUGACAGAGCUGAAAUGAAAGAAAUGCAAGUUCUAGGUCACAUAUGGGACUAUAAAACAGAUACGAUAUAUUUAAAACAAAGCAAAAUUUCGGAUGACAGUUUACCACUCACUAAGCGAAACAUAUUGAAGAGAGUCGCUUCUGUGUUUGACCCUAUGGGCUUAUUCUCUCCUGUUGUACUUCGUGGAAAGAUAUUACUUCAGGAAUUGUGGAGCAGAGGACUUGAUUGGGAUGACGUGGUAAAUGAUGAGCAAAUAAGACAGAGAUGGUUAUCAAUUUCUCAAGACCUGUUAGAUAUAACGGAACACAAGUUACCUAGAAACGUAAAGACCAAUGUCAAAGUCAAAACAUUUAAUCUAUUAUGUUUUUGUGAUGCUUCCACAAAAUCAUAUGCAACAUCAAUUUACUUACACCAAGAAGAAAAAGAGUUGUCUAAAACAGAUCUGAUAUUUGCAAAAACCCGCCUUGCUCCGGUCAAAGUAAUGACUGUACCAAAAUUAGAAUUGAUGGCUGUCUUAGUCGGGGUAAGAUGUUUGAGGUUCGUGAAAGAACAACUUCAGCUAAACAUUGAGAAUAUGUUUUUGUGGACCGACUCUGAAAUUGUAAUACACUGGAUAAACAGUGUCAAAGAUUUGCCGACUUUUGUUAAAAACAGAGUAAAUGAGAUUAAAGGUUACACAAAUAUAAAAAUCGGUUAUGUCAACACAAAGGAGAAUCCUGCAGAUGUUGCAACGAGAGGAAUAACAACAAGACAAUUAAAGAGAAAAUCUUCUCUGGUGGAAUGGUCCGACUUGGGUAAAAGACAAAUUAAAAACUUGGCCAAUUAA